AUGGGCGACACCGGGGGCGAAGUUUUCACCUUCAUCUUGUUGCUGCAGCUGUUCGUUGUUUUCUUCAACUUUCGACGCAAAACGUUGAGCGUCUACUUGUUACAACUUCUUCUACACCGGAAGUUCUUGCUCUUGUCGGCGUUUUUAGGUCGUGAACUAGCUCUGGCGUUCCUUCUAGAGUUCCAGUUCUACGUCUGCCUACUUACUACGUUGCAAGUCGGUUCCCACUCGUCCGUGCCGCCCGUAAAAAGUCCUUUUCCCGGUCUGCCCGCGAGCUCGCCGCCGAACGAAAAGGGGCUGCACAGUGGUGAUGUUGACCACUUAGUCUCCUCUGACGUUCAUCCCGCCUCGCAUAGGGAUAGGCAGACCACCCCCGAGGUGGAGGAUCAACGCAGCUCCCCAAUUAUGAAGCCGACCUCCAAGCGUGCGUUUGCUUGUCCCGGUAGCAGCUGCCCCGAAGAUGUCCCUCGUGCACCGAAGACGACUCCCGAACAAAAGAAGCUUCCCGACCUGACUGCGGACGAGGCAGCUGAGUGCGGCCUUCUGCAACAGACCGUGGUGGACGAUGAUGCGCUGCUGGUGCGGGAAGAAGACGCUCGUCAACGUCGCGCCGGCGGGGAUCGUCGGACGAGUUUCUCUCGCUCGUCUCACAAGGAUCAUCGUCCGGUCGCGGUUCCGAGAGUCGACCUUCAGGAUCGUUUCUCUGCAAGCUUAGCGGCGAAGUUGGCAACUAGUCUGCUAUAUCCUGUGCAAAAGUAUCGUACUCGUAUUCGCAAUCAUGCAUUACAAAUCCUAAAUUAGAGAUGAAUUUAUAUGCGAAGACACGGAGUGGGGCCCAAUGAAAAAAAAAAAAAAAUCAUGCAUUACAAAUCUUGUUCUUAAGGUAAAUCAGCAUUACAAAUUUUAUUUGUCAUGCUGAGGAAAUUUGUAAUGCAUUUAUACGAGUACGAUACUUUUGCAAUGCAUAUGCUACAGGACGUAGAGGAAAAGAGAACUCGCGACGGACCGGAGGACCAACGGGCCGGAGGACUUUCGUGUGGAAGUUCGUGCGAAGAGGACGGCAAACGAAGAAAAAGAUGACUUUCGGCGGAGGCUAGAGAUCGAUAGAACAACAAUGGGUUGUAUGUUCGGCCGAUCGAUGGUAAAAAUAAGUAAGUACUUGUUCGAGACCACCCGCCGAAGUGAGUCCUCUAUAUAAACUAUCGUGCCGCGUAUGCCGUCUAUGAAUGCCGGUGCUGAGCAGAUAAACGCGGAAAAAAUGAAAAGCACUAUUAAGACCUGAUGUGUUGAAAUUUCAAAUAAAGACUGAACUACGUUCAUGAUCAAUUAUCGCUCCCUUUGCCAACCGAGAGCCGCGAGCGCGCGGUCCGCAAGAGUAAAAUAUUUUUACAUACGGAUCUCCCGCUAUGCUCGCUGCACUGGGUUGAGACUAACGAUUACGCUGUAGCAGGAAGUUUAAGUUUAAGAUUAAGUAGUUUUGGAAAAAUUAUUGUCUCACGACAGGAACUACAAACGGAAAUGUUUUCCGCCAGCGCCUCCUCACAAAGAUUUAUUAGUUUCUUCGUAGACAUGCUGCACUAUGUACGGACAGUACCAGUAGAGUAAAAAAAAAAGACAGCACUACAAAGUCCAAAUCGUAUCUAUAUUUAUUUUCCUGUAUAAUUUGUUCGUCACUACUGUGCUGCCCGCACCUGCAGCCGCAGUCCCGCCGCCAAGGAUGAAUGAGAUUGCUGAAACAUGAUUUUUUCAACCUGUAGAAGUUGAAAAACCACGUGAAGCACGAUCGGAUCUCAAAGCAGAGCACCGCGAGCAGAAAAUUUUACCGAUACGUAAAACAGCUGGAGACAUGAAAGAACCACAACGAGAGCGAGAAGAGGGGUACAACUUUGCGAUCGUAGACACCGUGUUACAACGAGAAUGCUGCAACUGUAUGAUUUUUCUACGGAAAGGAAAGCCUGGAAACCGAAACUUGUCAUCCCAUGAUUGGUGAUUCACGACGAGGACCUACUCCGUGAGCAGCACUAUCUCCGGCGUAGGGCAGGAC